AGUUCCGUAAUAAAAGCGAAGAGUAAAUCGAAGCGGAAACCAUCUAAAUUGGCUUCAAAACAAUGCACAAAAUUUGAUAAUUAUGCAGCUUACAUGGAUAAUGCUCGUAGUUGGUCAAUUCUUUCAAAUGUAGAGAAAUACAGUCUUAUUGAUGUUGCACUUUCAUCGAGUAAGAAUCAUACUAUCAAAUGCUUGAAUGGUAAGUGCGAGCAGAAAUUUCGAAAAACUAAUGAAGCAGCUGAACAUCUUGAUAAAUGUCUCCUACCUAUUUAUUUUCAAUAUUUUGGAAAACCUGAUGAAUUUCGAGCAAUGGAAAGGAGAGAUCAGCAGCGUAUUAUUCGUGAUGCGUUUCGUUUAAUUAAAAGUGUGCCUUGUUUCAAUAGAGAUUCGGCAGGAUGCAAUAACAUAUAUUCUUAUCCUAACGGACUAUCAUAUCAUCUAGAACGAUGUGGCGUCGACAAGAAGAUUUGCCCUUGGAAAUGUUACCGUUGUGGAUUUCAGUCGACGAUUCCUGAAAGUAGAGACCAUUUAGAUGAGUGCCAUGGUGCAACGCUUUCUAGUUUACAACAACCUGAAAAAAUAAGUCGAGCCAAAAACAAAUUCCAACUAAAUCGCGAUAGUGAUAAUGAAUUUGUGGAUGAAAGUGGUUCUUCUUCCGUUAUAAAGGAAAGAAAUUCUUUCACUGCUUCUGUAUCUCGGGGCAUUCUACCUGCAAACAGUCGGUGCACUUCAACAACAUAUGGAAAAAAACGCUAUAAAUUUAGAUAUGGCGCCGUAAUGGACAUUAGUGAGUCUUCUUCAACUCCAGAUCUUAUAUAUUAUCAGCGUUCCAUUAAUAAAGCUUUAGAAAGCUAUGAUUUGGAACGCUCAAAGGAACCACAUUGUUCCAAACUGUUUGAAGCGGGAUGUUAUGGACCGUGGGAAAGAAUAUUCGCUUCUGGAUUUUGAAAGUCGAUCACUGGAAUGGAGCUACUCACAGAUGCUUCAGACAACAUUAUUAAUGGUUGUAUUGCUUACUGUGGUGGUCCAAUUUCAGCAAUUAAAGCUUGCCCAAUGCAACUGAAAGACGGUCGCGAAUGCGUGGCAGUAAGCGUUUUUCAUGAUGAAGAGCAUUUAGUCAAGAGAAAUACGGUGGAUUUAACCGACUAUAUCCAGUUAUGGUUGUUCACUAAUAAAGAGGGCAGUGUUGUCGCAAAUUUAUCGUUUAUGCUGGAAACAAAAGUUGGUGCGAUAUUAUCGUUAGCUUGGUGUCCAUCAGUUAGGCAUUCCACACAUUAUACCAGACAAAUACCAUUGUCGAAUUUACUUGGAAUAUUAGCAGUUGCUGGGAUGCAAGGAAAUGUACUUUUGUACAGAAUAUUUACUGAUCUCUUCGAUCAGAAUUCUUCAGAUAAUCCCAUUGUUUAUCGCGCUAAGCCAUUUCUGUCGCUAAAAAAUCCAGAGGUCUGCUUGAAUGCACCAAUUUUUUCUCUUGCUUGGACUGAAUAUGAGGGGGCUUCAAAAAUCGCCGCUGUUUCUGCAUUCGGUUUUUUUCUAUAUCUUUUUUUCUCUGAAUUUGAUUUAUUUUUUACAGGUGCGGUUUUAUUGUGGGAUUUAAAUAAUCUUGAAUCGUCUCCAUUUUUAUUAAAAGUCGAUGACUGGAGUUCGCCACCUUCGCAUGUUGUAUUUAAUUUUCCUAAUCAGCUUGUUGUAUCUUUUCGUGAGAAAUUUAUUCUCAUUUAUGAUUAUAUUACUAAAGAAGUUUUACUCGAGGAAGGUGCCAGCAGAACAGCUGGGGCCAAGGUGGCCAGUUGUGAGCGAUUAUUCAAAGGGUUCGUAAGUUAUCAGUGUGGUAAUGUUGCUGUCCAUAAUCCGACACAAUCGUUCACCAGCCAUUCUGUUAGUGCUGGAUGUUAUAUAACUUGUAUUUCAACUGAAGGAAACUUUUUUGUGGUUCCCAUCAUCAAUAGGCAUGAAAUAUGUGUAUGGGAAAUGGCUUUUUGCCCACUGACAGGUGCUUUGAUGUCAGUAGGUGGUGAUGGCCGUCUUGUUGUGUCGCUAAAUGGUCGAAUUGUGCCACAUGGAACUCAGCGCGAUGUUUUUUUUAAGGCAUGUCGUGUAUUAAUGACUGUAAUACGCAAGCCAAAUGAUAAUAAUGCUUGGCUUAGCGACACUGAAACAAAUGAGAAAGGAUCUGAUCUGAAAGCGCCUGCCACAAAUCUUGAAUUAAGUGCACAAGCAUCAUAUUUGGAAAUUAAUUUCGAAGAUAUUAAGCAAGAAUGUAGUUUUUAUUUGCAGCCUGCCAAUAUUUUGAUUAAAGUUACAUUUCAGUGCAACCAGUUUCCAAUUCAAUCAUAUAGCAUUGAUCUGAGAACUGAAUCUCUAAAUGUAAUUGAUAUUAGUCAAGCUUCUGGUCGACUUGCUAUAUGUGGUGGAGAAGCUGGUCUUUUAAUAUUUAUGCCAUGUAUUUUUUAG